UAUUUAUUUUUGCCUCAACUAGAGAAGAAGUAAAGUCAAGUCAUUCAGAAACACUACGAGCACUCCAUCAACAUUGCCAUGGACUCAUAUUGCUUCCACUCUCUUGCAUCUCUUCUUCUCCUCGCUUCUACCGCAUUUUCCCUUUCAUUGUCAAACCCUUCUCUCCUCGGCAUUCAUCCUCUAGAUGUGAAAUACUAUAGCUCCGAAUUCAUCAAAUGCAAGGAUGGAUCAAAAUCCUUCUCUAGAGACCGUCUCAAUGACAAUUUCUGUGAUUGCCCUGAUGGCACUGAUGAACCUGGAACUUCAGCUUGUUCAGCUGGAAAGUUUUAUUGCAGAAACCUAGGAAGCAAGCCACUGUUUAUAGUUUCUUCCCAUGUUAAUGAUCAGUUUUGUGAUUGUUGUGACGGGAGUGAUGAAUACGAUGGAAUUGUUCGUUGUCCAAACACAUGUGUCAUGGGUGGAAACACAAAGAACAUGUAUGGUAAUUAUAAUUCAAAGGUAAGCAAUCUGGAUGUUUUUUCUGAAAAAGAAACAGAACAUGGAGUGAAGUCGGAGGAAUCAGCUCAUAGCCUUAAUGGUUUAAAGCUGGCAGUUAUUCUACAAGUGGCUCUAGUUGCUUUUUUGGUAAUUCUAUGGAGUUUCCGUUGCCACACCAGAUAUAGGAGGAGGCGUUCCCGCUGAAUUGAAAAAGACCUUGGUGUUUACAUGAUUUUGAAAUGUGGUAAUAUUUUAAUUAUAUUCUUCAUUCCCCCUUUCUUAGUACUUCUUGAAUAUAUAUGUUAAGAACUUUCGAUAGAUUUUAAGAAAAAAACCCAAAGGGGUUUAAGUAUCCUUUUUUUUUUGACAAACCGUUGCAGGUUUCAUGUUCAUUAUGUUACUAGGUACUCCAGAACUGUAUAAAACUAUCAGUAAUGGUGAUUGGAUAGAAAACACAAUGUAUAUUUUCUUCUUCAUUCCCACCCAUUUUUGGACCAUUGUCCUUCAGUUGUCAAUUAUCUUCAAAACCUUGAGCGCCGUUAGAGUUCAAGCAGAAAUAAUGAACAAUGAGAAAAUCCGCAACUUUGUCAAUGUCAAUUAUUUGUAAUUAUGCAAAAUAUCAAAUCCCUUUUCUUCAUCCUCUCCGUAAUCCAAGAGAGAAAAUUAUUGGUGAAAUGCUGCAGGAUUUAAUACCUCUCAAACCUCACUGUAAGCCCCAACGAGCCUAUUCCUACAUAAUUUCUUAUAUCCUCCAACGGUCGCAUCCCCUCUCUCUUGCUCUUGUUAUCCUACAACGUUCUCUAUGUUUUGGUCAUUUUCAACUUUCACAAGCCCGCGUUAUGUACUCCUCUAGUAUGCUUGGUUGUAGCCGAAACACUUGCUCCGUUCUAUAUCUGCUGUUUUGCCUGAGAUCCAAACUAUUGGAUAUCUUGACCGCAGGACUUGUAAUUUUCUUACUAUCAUCAUGAACCAUCAAUCAGCUGUCUGAUGUUGUCAAACUCCUGAACGGCACAGGUAGAGCUGGAUGUGUUCCUGGUUUAGAGAAUUAUACAACACUAUUUUAGGUGAUUCACAAGGACAUAUUGAGGCGCCCCCCAGAUUUGAUGAAGCAAAUGGUGAAAUCUGGGGUCGACCCUGGGAUGAGGAACCAUUAUGAAAUUAUUGGCAGAGCUACGGUCUGGAAGGGAAAUAUGGAAAGCUUAACAGUAUUCAUUUCCUAGAGAUAGUAUUAUCCUGUCGGAUUUUAACUAUGUAGGUUACUAUGUGUGAUUGAAUGGCUGUUGAUUGUUUGACGAGUGCACCAAAUUGCAACAACAGUAUAAAAAUUAAGAUUAUUGUUUUUGUUAUUAAUUACCUUUUUGUCAGGUCUUGCACUGUUUGAAAACUCAGUUAAAGUUGGGAUGAAACAUCGAAUUAUUCGUAAAAUGAGAAAGAAAAAAACUUAGAGUAUAUUGCUUUGCACUUCCUUCUCCAUCACAAAUUAGUCAAAUUGAGUAGCAUAUUUUAUCCAGUGCUAGUGCAUGGAAUAUGGCCUGUGCUGUGUGACCAAGAAUUUCAAUAUAGUACUCAAGUCUUAUAUGUUGAAUUAUUUAUAGUGGACCAAUUUCCGUUCUAUAUGCUAAACUGGCUGGUACAUAUAGCUAAGUCUUCAGACAAUCCGAAUCCUGAAUAUUAGUGUUGCCAUUCUUAUCUCAAUGACACUAUUAUAGGAUGAAUUUUCACAUUGAGAAAUGCAUACUGUUUCAGAUUUGCAAAAUAUUUGGGAGCAUGAACUAUGAAAUCAAAGUAUUUGAUCUACUAUCCUGGCAAAGUUUUAUCAACUUAUAUGCUAAUAACCUAAAUCAGUCAUUGCUUCUGUUUUACUAUCGAUUCCUUUUAAGAAAAUUAAUGCAUAUAGAAUCAAAUUACUCAUCUUUUUUUAUUUCCCUUUUCAUUAUUUAUAUUAUAAUCUAUAAGGAGCAUCACUCCUGUCUUUUACUUUUAA